AUGGGCGAGCCCGCCGCAGGCUGUAAUACAUUGAAUUUAGCAGUGGACCAAAAGAUUGGUGUAAAUCGAAGCCUCGAGUCACGGAGCUGUGCCGAAGCGCAAUACAUCGUCUCUCGGGAUCACGUCCACAAGAAACGUCCAAUCCGUAUUAUCUGUAUCGGUGUGGGUAUCGCAGGAAUUGCGGCCGCAAAUAAGUAUAAGCGACGACUCAGUGAGGUCGUGUUCAAGAUUGACGAGAAGAGCCACGAGGUGGGUGGUACCUAG